AUGACGCCUCUCGCCCUCCUGCUGUCUGAGGUAAUCGUAGUACUCCUACUGUUCCUGCUAGUGAAGGCCGCAUACUCGAGGCCCCACAACGUUCCUCCAGGUAUAAACUUUAGAGUGGGCCCAGAGCUGAUGGAACAGCGUCGCUUCACUCUGAGGUACAUGCGGGACUUCGGAUUCGGACGGCGUUCCGACCAUCUAGAGUCGGAGAUCGAGGCUGAGAUGAUGGAACUGGUGGAGCUCAUCCGGGGAGAACGAAAGGAUGAGGCGGUGGUGCAGCCAUCAUCAGGAGGAGACUGCAGCCGGCGCGUGCUGCUGCCUGAUGCACUGUUCCCCGGGUUCAUCAACGGCUUCAUGCCGGUGGUGGCGGGCAGCCGGCUGCCGCGGACAGCAGACGGUGUGUGCCGCUACCUGGGGCACGCGGGCCUGCAGAUGGCCAGGGCUGGAGACGCCACAGGCGGUUUCCUCACGCUGCACUCCGCACUGGCCUCCAUCGCGCCCAAGAUGUCCGGCUACCACGACACGGUCGAGUCCGCCGAAAAGAUCCUGACCUACUUUCAUCAAGUGAUCGAGGAACACGAGAAGACAUAUUCUGAUGAUCACAUGAGGGACUUUAUUGACAGAUAUCUGAGAGAAAUAAAGGAUAAGAAGAAGUCCGAGGUUGAAACAGUAUAUUCCAGUAAACCAGGCAAGUUUUUGUCUGCAGCUGACCAGCUGGGGGUCAUCCUGUUCGAUACCUUCCUGCCGGCGUCCAUGGCGCAACUCGAGCUGGACUCCGUCGUGGGAGAGUCGAGACUUCCCAACCUCAACGACCGCCCCAGUGACUUACCGUACACGGAAGCCAUCCUGCGAGAGACGAUGAGGAUACAGACGUUGCUACCAAUUGGAAUCCCUCAUUCUGAUUGGUACAUUCUGUUGCAGGGAACUGUGGCGGUGGCCAACUUAUGGAGCAUGCAUAUGGACAAGAGUGUGUGGGGAGACCCAGAGAAAUUCAGACCAGAGAGAUUCCUUAACACCGAUGGAAGUCUCUGCAUCAGGGAUCUCAAAUUGCCCUUCAGCACUGGAAAGCUGUUGUGCUCUGAGGAGACGUUCGCCAGACAGAACAUGUUCCUCAUGCUGGCAGCCCUUCUGCAGAAUUUCUCAGUUCGAGCUGACGGCCUGACGCCUCUCCACUGCAACAUCCCGGGGGCCAUCGAGACCCCGCCUGCCUUCUGGGCCCAGUUCGAGAUCCGGUGA